AUGACCAGGCUGGUGUUACGGGUCUUUUCCUUUUUUUUCCCUUUCUAUCUUCUUCUGCUUCUGACGCAUCUACUAUUUCUGGUUACUCUUCUUCGCCGUCCUAUCAUCGUCGUCACCUUCUUGCCUGCCAUCACCAUCUGCUAUCGUGGCGGCCUUUUUGAUAAUGGCUCGUAUUCGCCGAACCGUCUCCAAGACGAGCUGUCUAUGAGAUCAUCUGACGCCCAGGUACUUUGCUAUCCCUUUGCCACUGGCCACCUGCCACUGCCACCCUUUCCCCCUCCUCCUCCUCCUCCUACUUCUUCUACUUCCGCUCCUUUCUCGGGACAUUAA